AUGGACUUUGACGCGAUUUUAGAAGACGUUGGUGAAUUUGGCCGUUUUCAAAAGCUCGUGAUCUAUUUCAUCCUCCUCCCAGCCGUCAUACCAUGUGGGUUUCAUGCGUAUUCGCAGCUGUUUAUGGCUGGGGAUGUCAAUCAUUGGUGUAAAGUACCAGAUUUGGAGGGGCUAGAUGUGGAACUUACUAAGAAUUUCAGUAUCCCACAGGAGCGUCGCAACGGUAUCCAGGAUUAUUCACAAUGUAACAUGUACGACAUUAACUACACCGACUUCCUCUCGCGGUACUCCACAAUUGAGGAGGCUCUGAUGUCAGAAGGUCCUGCUGAUAUCGUGCCAUGUAAAAAUGGAUGGGUGUAUGAGGACACCGUAUAUCAGAGUACCAUAGUUACAGAGUGGGACCUUGUCUGUGACAAGGACUUCUUACCUACCCUGGGACUGGUACUUCUCGCUGUAGGCGGCAUUAUUGGAAAUUACAUAUUCGGCUACCUGCAAGACACCUUUGGACGCAAACCCUCGUUCUUUAUCUAUCUUUUAAUCGAGUGCAUAUUUGGAGUGGCUACAGCAUUCGCUCAGAACUAUUAUAUUUGGCUUAUCUUCAGAUUUGGUGUUGGGUUUACGGUACCAGCUAUUAUGGCGACUCCAUACGUUUUGGCUAUCGAACUUGUUGGGCCUCGAUCCCGGACUCUUUGCACUAUUCUCUCUAACAUCGCCUAUUCCAUGGGCUUAAUUCUCCUGGCUGGCGUGGUCUAUUUAGUGAGGGACUGGCGUUAUCUGGCUUUAGCUACGACAUUGCCCUUCGUCUGCUUCUUUUUAUACAUCUGGCUCAUGCCCGAAAGUCCUAGAUGGUUACUUGCUAGAGGACAAUUCGAAAAAGCUGAAGUUAUAUUAAAGAAAAUGGCUCGAAUAAACGGAAAGUCUCUCCCCAAGAACUACAUGGUCCACCUUCGCCGCAAAUACGAAUCAGACAAACUGCAACAAGAUCUCGAAAAAGAGAAGUUGCGAACCUAUGGCAUUUUCGAUUUAUUCCGAACACCAAAUAUGAGGAAGAAAACGAUAAUCAUCACUUUCAUUUGGUUCACAAACACAAGUGUUUACGUCGGAUUAUCGUAUUAUGCGCCUGUGUUGGGUGGAGAUGAGUUCUUGAAUUUCUUCUUGGCUGGCGUUGUUGAGUUACCUACUUAUCUGUUUUUGUGGCCUUCUAUGGAGAGACUUGGGAGGCGUUGGACCCUUUGUAUGAGUAUGGUGGUGGGUGGAGUUGCGUGUUUGACUACGUUUUUGGUACAACAUGAAACCAAUGUUACUCUGGCGUUAUACUGCGUGGGAAAGAUGGGAAUUUCAUCAUCUUUCGUAGUCUUACCCUUAAUGGCGUCUGAAUUGUAUCCAACUGUUGUAAGGGGAUUGGGAAUGAGCUUAAGUUCAGUUUUGGGCAUGCUGGGCCCUAUUUUUAUACCUCUAGUAAAUUAUUUGGGCUCCGAUAUUAUGGUACUACCAUUAAUCAUAAUGGGCGCGUUGCUAGUCGCUGGUGGCAUAGCCAGUUUACUUUUACCAGAAACUUUGAAUCAACAUCUUCCUCAAACAUUAGAAGAUGGCGAGAAGAUGGGUCUAGACACCGAUUUUUGCUGCAGCCCGCCAGUCAAAGAGCCUAAAAACGAAUCUGAUGAAAGAACGUGUAAAAACUGCAGUGCGUUAUGUUCCUGUCAGAUGAUUAGCAUGCCUUUAGUGGAAAAUGUUAGCCCUGAAAAGGAUUUAGACGCUGUUGAAUUUAUUUUAGUAAAAUAA